UUUGACGGCCCCGAGACGUGAGGAGCUCGGGAAGGGGACUUAUGGAGUUUCCUGCUCCGUUACAGCCCGGGAGCCGGCAAGCUGCGUCUCGGGCUCUUUCUCCGGAGCGAGGCUUGGGAGGGAGAUCGGUUCGGUUCGCCUGUCGGUAGUUCGGCGAGUUAGGGGACAGGGCAGCGUGCUUACCCGCUGUGGUCAGACAGCCGGUGCCCCGGCGGAGGGGAGACUGCUGUCCCAUGCGGGGUGAGCCAUGGUGCUUGGGGCCGUUCUCUUAACUAGGUAGGCCUCAUUACAUCCUUGCCCGUAAGGUUUCCCAAGCUGGGGCAGGAAAACGGGUGGGAGAUGGUCACAGUGGGCUUCGUGAUACCUAGGUCCUGUUAAAGGUUUGAGGGUUCUGUCUAAAUCCACCACUGUCCUAUCAGUAUCUUCCUUGGUGCGGCGUGGAGCCGCAUGUUAAAAGAUUCCACAGGUACUGGCUUUGGUAGGAGAGAGAGGGAGCUGAAGAGAACCAAGCUCUUGUUUUAAAACUCACAACUUCCGGUAUGACUAAAUAUGCCAAGAAAUACAGAAAAGCAACUGCCAGACAGAUGACCAUGGAAAUGGUUGAAUCACAACAGGAUGACAGUGCAGGGGAUUGUAUGCCAGAGAGAGAUGCUGUUCGUCUUCAGAAUCAGCCAGGCCGAAGUCAUAUUUCUCAAGGGUCUGAGGUUUCUGUAGCUGCAUCAAGUGCUGGAAGAGGAUCUCCAGCUCUUACUCUAGCGCAUUUGCCUUCUGGUCAAACAGUUCAUGGCCAGGGUGUCAUUCAAGCCACACAGCCCUCAGUCAUUCAGUCACCACACAUGCAAGCUGUUCAGGCAGCAUCAAUUGCAGAUGAAUCUGCAGAAUCAGAAGGGAUAGUUGAUUCUCAAAAGCGUAGGGAAAUACUUUCAAGAAGGCCUUCAUACCGAAAAAUUUUGAAUGAACUCUCAUCAGAUGCUCCUGCAAUACCAAAGAUUGAAGAAGAAAAGUCAGAUGAUGAAGGAGUGCCUUCUGGAAUUCCUGCAAUGGCCAUGCCAGCCGGCCUGUAUCACUCUAACACAGGGCAAUACAUUACUAUAACUCAAGGUGGUGCAAUCCAGAUUUCUAAUCCAGCCUCUGAUGGUGUCCAUGGACUACAGACAUUAGGAAUGACAAAUUCGGGAGCUCCUCAGCCAGGUGCUACCAUUGUGCAAUAUGCAGGACAAUCACCACAUAGCACACAACAGUAUUUUGUUCCAGGAAGCCAAGUUGUUGUUCAAGCUGCCACUGGAGACAUGCCAGCUUACCAGAUUCGAACUCCCACUACUACCUUACCUCAGGGAGUGGUAAUGGCAGCCUCACCGGGGACUUUGCAUAGCCCUCAGCAACUGGCAGAAGAGGCAACUCGCAAGAGAGAGCUGAGACUUAUGAAAAAUAGGGAAGCUGCCAGAGAAUGCCGCAGAAAGAAGAAAGAAUAUGUCAAAUGUCUUGAAAAUCGUGUGGCUGUGCUUGAAAACCAAAACAAGACUCUCAUUGAGGAACUCAAGGCCCUCAAAGAUCUUUAUUGUCAUAAAGCAGAAUAACUGUCUUUCAUUUGGACCUCGUUUAUUAUGAACUUUAGUCAAGGCAUGAGAGGAAGCAAUUCUACAGAUUGCCAUAUGAACUUGAGAGACACUUGAGGCCCUUGUGGAACCCAGUUUUGCUUAGUGUUUUCAGAGUGAUUUGGGAGAAAUUCCAAAAUUUGGAGUUCUGAUGUAGUGUCCGUAAUCUGCUGAGCUUUCUAAUGGCAUGCAAAUGGCUUUUUUGUUUGCACUUUUUACUUCUGCUUUUUGCAGGGAAGCUGCUAAAGAAUGUCGACGUCGAAAGAAAGAAUACAUAAAACGUCUGGAGAAUCGUGUUGCAAUGCUAGAAGAUGAGAACAAGAAACUUAUGAGGGAGCUUAAAUCCCUAAAAGACACUUGCUCUUCCAAAACAGAUUAGUAAACAUAUUUAUUAAACUGUGAACUGACUAAAAUAUGACCAGUUGCUUUAUAAGAUAAUACAUAGCCAACAUGAA